AUGCGAUCCCGCACAGGCUGCCAUCACCUCUUCUUCUGGACCUCUGUCUUGGUGCCACGACAACAAGGGAAGUAUGAUUAUGGAACAAAACUGACCGUGCGUUUUGAACUACACAGUCUGACGUGCCGCACUCGCAAACUCAAAUGUGACGAGCAAAAACCGGAAUGUUCCCAGUGUCGCAAAGGGUCCCGGGUCUGCCGUCCGAGUGAAGGUAUCGUCUUUCGGCACCAGCAGAAUGCCUCCAUGAACAAGGAUCUAGACGAUCCGGAGAACGGUCGUGGGAGUCUGAAGGGGUUUUAUUCGUACAAGAAUACCUUCGAUAAGGAUAGCGUCUGGCUGGACAUACCGAAGCACGUAAUAUUCGUCGAUAACUCCGAUCCGUACGCGGAAGACCUUGAGGCGGCUCUGGGAGAGUCCGAAGCCGCUAUUCUCGCUGCCAGCCAAAACCGCGACUGGAGUCUGUCCCGGACUUCCCCCGCCGAUGGCAGGACGCACGGCCUCGACGCCUUAUCCAACGCGGCCGCUCACGAUCGUCUGUCCUAUCCCCCUCUGGGUGUCGACCAACAGGCUUUAGGGACCCCAGACAAUAGCACGCCCUUUAAUAGCAUCCCCGCGGCCUCGAUCUCAUCCGGGCCUUCUCCCAACCAGGCGCGUACUGCGCUCCCCUCUCAGCCUUCCCCCUCAAUCUCCGUGACCUCAUCCAACAACAACAAUAAUAUCAACUUCCUCCUUAAUCCUUCCCAGUCGCUAUCGCCCCCAGUCGACCCGAGCAUGCAGCCACGCACGGAACGUAGAAGCUCGUCGUUAAUGUCUCGGUCAGCCCCCUCCCGUCCCGCCGCGGAGGUCAAGCCCGAGAUGCCGGCUGAGACGGAUCAUGAGGUGAUGUUCCUUCUGCGACAUUUCUCUCAGUCCCCAGGACUCUGGAUGGACCUGUUUGACCUAGGUACUUAUUUCGCGUCGUACGUUCCGCUGGGCCGCGUCAAAAUUCCCCAACCCCCUGUGACGGAGGCCGGCUUUAAGAAAUGCAAGAUGGAGACUCGGCCAGACGGGAAGAGCGUGGACUGGACCUAUUCCGCCGCCAAGUAUUAUGAGAAGGCCAUCCAACUUUUGAUGAAGGAGUUGCAGCCCGACAAAGGACCCGCACCGUUGAGCACACCCGAGGCCUUUGGUCAGUGGCAGGCGGCGGAGCUAUGUGAGGAAAAUGACAACCCUCGAAAACGCCGACGACGCUAUUCGGAGAGUCGCCUUUCCAACGGCGUCCAUUCAGAUGAAAUUCUUGCCGCCACAGCGAUCUUGUCGGUGUAUGAGUUCCUCGAUGCCACGGGUCCUGCGUGGAAUCGUCAUCUGAGCGGGGUGAAGUCGCUGUUGGAUGUCGCUGAGGUAGGUAUGAUGCCGCUGGAACAACGUCCGUCCCCCGCCGCGACUCCUUUCCCGCCAAGGAAAAAGGGUGGACUGUCCAAGGCGCGGAAAGCCACGUUCUGGAACUUUGCUCGGCAGGAUUACCUGGCAGCGUUUAUCAACGAUUGCCAGACCCGGUUGAAUACGGACGACUUGGUGUUGUGGACUGAAGCUGGCCUUCAGAUUGAUAAUAUGGGCUUCGUACGCCCCAGUAAUACGCAUGCGGCGGGGUACCCGGAAGGUGACGAUGUCAUGAAGGAAGACCUAAUCGGCAAUGCUUUAAUCUGGAUCAUGUCGAAAAUAGUCAACUUCACCACUGCUGGCGAUAACCUCCAUUUGGAGCACGGUCCUGUCGAUCCUGGUCCCAUAGGUCUGUCGCAGCAGGUGCUACUCGAGCGGUGGUAUCGUCUCGAGACCGAACUCGACGUCUGGUACAACGGAUUGCCGGACACGUUUCGACCCUGCGCACGGUUGCCCGUCCCCAAAGAGGGGGAGGCAGAUGAUGGGUUUGCGUUAUCGGAGAUCUGGUACAGCCUUCCAGUGUGUUCGUCAGCGAUGCAGCACUACCAUAUGGCGCGCAUUCUUCUGCUCAUCAAUAAGCCACAUGAGUCGACCAGUAGACGCAGCACAAUCACCAAUCGGCUCAACUCGUAUCGCUCUAUUGAAAGUGAGAUCCGAUUCCACAGUCGAGAAAUUGUGGGCAUCUCCAUGGCACGUCCGGAGGGAUCUGUCCGCAUCAACUCUCUGCAACCGCUGUUUGUCAGCGGCCAGUGUCUCACUGAUACCCGGGAACGACGGGUGGUUCUCCAAUUGCUGCAGGGAAUCGAAGACGAGCUGGGCUGGGCGACAGAGUAUCGCGUCAAGCAAUUGCUCCGUGAAUGGGGGUGGAACGAGGGUCCUGCCGAUGCGGGUGUUUCUUGA